AUGGACGUUCUGGCCACCAGUACUUUUCUCAUAACAGAUGGUAGGUGUGUUGUGCCCCUGAGUGAGCUGUGCCAACCGCCAUAUGGGCCCAGACGAAGAGUUCCUGUCGAAAAACCCAAACCGACUGUGAGAGUGAAUCCUCAGAGCUCCGUCUACACUGGAGACAGAGUUACUCUGAGAUGUAAUCUGCUGUCUAAUGGAUGGACUUUUCUCUGGUACAAAGACCGAGUCCAAGUAGCUGAAGACACUGACACACUCCAUGAUACAGUCUCUAAUGCAGGAGAAACAGUGUAUCAGUGUAAAGCACGCAGAGGAAACUACGACUCAGAGCUCAGUGAUCCAGUUACAGUUACAGUUAGAGCGCUCCCAAAACCUGUGGUGUCCAUAAAUCCUGAUGAACAGGUGUACAGAGGAGAGACUGUCACUCUCAGAUGUGACAUACAGGAUGAAGAGGACUCUGACUGGAUCUACAGCUGGUAUAAAGAUGGUUCUGGUGUCAGUAGUGCACAGGAGUACAGAAUCAGUAGUGCUGAAACAUCUCAUGCAGAAAAACCUAAACCUGAACUCACACCAAGUCGUGAAGGAGCUGUACUGAAAGGAAACUACGUGACUCUGUCCUGUACACUGAAGCUGCAGUCUGCUGGAUGGAAGUUUUACUGGAUCAAACCCACACAGAGCACUGAGACUGAGACUGAAACACACCACUACAUCUUCAGAUCAGUUAGAGUCUCUGAUGGGGGUCAGUACAGGUGCAGAGCUGGAAGAGGAAACCCAGUCUACUACACACACUACAGUGAUGCACUCUGGGUAAAUGUUACUGAGAGUCCUAAAGCUGUGGUGACCAUAAAGCCUGAUAAACAUGUGUUCAGAGGAGAGACUGUGACUCUCAGAUGUGAAAUACAGGGAGGAGGAGACACUGAGUGGAAAUACAGCUGGUAUAAGAAUGAUAAAACACUCUACCCCACAACACAGGAGUUCAGCUUCAGCUCAGUUAUAAAUGGUAACAGUGGUAAAUACACCUGCAUAGGGAGGAGAAGCAGUGACUCUCAGAGCUCAGAGAUCAGUGAUGCUGUUACACUCACUGUAUCAGAUGCAGCAGAGGCAGUAGUGAGUGUGUCUCCACUGCGCUGGCUGACUGAAGGAGACUCAGUGACUCUAAGCUGUGAGGUUAAACACUCCUCUACAGGCUGGACGUUCAGCUGGUACACAGAGGUUCCCUCCAGAGACAGUCAGGGUUCCCUCAGGUACAGUACAGCGCUCCUCUCAGACAGCAGCAGAGGAUCUGGAGGCUCCUACACUCUCAGUCCUGUUACUGUGAAUCACACAGGAGUUUAUAUGUGCAGAGCAGAGAGAGGAGAACCAGUCUUUCACACACAGGACAGUAACCUACAGCCACUGUGCAUCACUGGUAAAUCAUCUCCAGUGUCUCUGAUCAUCAAUCCCAACAGACCUCAACACUUUACUGCUGACUCUCUCUCACUGAGCUGUGAGGACCAGAGUGACUCUACUGGAUGGACAGUGAGAAGAUACACACACAGUGAGACAGUGUCUGAUUGUCCUUCAGUUUCAGGAUCUACAUGUAACAUCAGCUCCCUCUCUACAUCACACACUGGAGUUUACUGGUGUCAGUCUGAAUCUGGAGGAUGCAGUAAUUCUGUCAACAUCACAGUGCACAAUGGUCAUGUGAUCCUGGUGAGUCCUGUCCAUCCUGUGACUGAGGGACAUCCUCUGAUUUUACAUUGUUUAUCUCGCAACUCAAAGACCUCAGAUUCUGGUGUUGAUUUCUAUAAAGAUGGUUCAGUCCUGCAGAAGAAGACUACAGGAGAGAUGACCAUCAGUACUGUGUCAAAGUCAGAUGAAGGUUUCUACCACUGUAAACACCCAGAGAGAGGAGAGUCACUGAAAACCUGGGUUUCAGUCAGAGGUCGGUCACAUGCAGAAGCUCUAAUGUCAGUGCUCAGACUGAUCAGUAGUCUAGUGACGGUCUCUGUGUAUCUGCAGCUGACCAUCAUUCUGGCAGUGAAGUGUUACAGAGCUCGAGGUAAGAACAAUUUCAAUCAUGUUCAUAAUUCAGAAAUAGUGCAGAAGGAUAUUGAAUGAUUUAGUAAACUCCAUUACUCUGCCAUGGAAAUGUGUGUUAUGUAAUGAAGCUAUUUUUGUAUGAUUUAGAAAGCAGGAUGUUGAUAUGGCUUUAGGCAAUCAUUAAAAAUGGGAUGUUAUAAUUAAAAGAGAGUCAUUGAUCAACAUUAUUAAUAUAAUUAUUGUUUAUUUUCAAACACAGCAUUCUCUUAGUACAUUCCUAAAAAAUAUUCAUCC